UUGCUUUUUCCCUUUCGAAUCAAAUCAAGUUUUUGCCUCUGCCAUACCCAUUUCCAAUCUCCAACAAUUCCCCAAUUUCACACACCUACAUCGACCAAAAUCGUUCGUUUAUUCUCUUAUGAUUCCAACCUUUCAACACCCACAAACGGGAACAAUACAAUCGGUUUAUGAGUAGAAACUAGGGUUCUUAAAGCUCUAUAUGGCGGUCAGAGGUGUCGAUUUUAAGUGUUCUGGAUUCUGUAGGUACGAUGGGUUUUUCCUAUCAAUGCUUGCCACCAGUAUAAUAAUUGUUGCGAUCAACUGGAAGCGUUACCAUCUCUGUACGCACCCUUUGCACAUAUGGAUCGUGGUGGAUUAUACAACUGUUUUUGUUUUUCGUUUGUUGAUGUUUGUGGACAAUGGACUUGCUGCUGGAAUGGGAUUGGAUUUUGGUCGGCAGCAGAGACAAGCUCGUUUUUGUGGAAGAGUGGUGGUGUUAUCCAUUCUUUCUGUGUUUCUCUAUCCUUUUCUCUGGGCAUGGACAAUUAUCGGUUCUCUAUGGUUCAGCAGUGCAAAAGACUGUCUGCCCGAAGAAGGUCAGAAAUGGGGUUUCCUUAUAUGGUUGCUUUUCAGCUAUAGUGGGCUCGUUUGCAUUGCUGGCAUGUGUAUGAAAAAGUGGUUAACAAGAAGGCAAGCUCAUUCACUACGGGCUCAACAAGGAAUUCCUAUUUCGGAAUAUGGGGUGCUGGUUGACAUGAUCCGCGUUCCAGAUUGGGCGUUUGAAACGGCUGCGGGGCAAGAAAUGAGAGGCAUGGGUCAAGAUACCGCUUCAUAUCAUCCCGGACUCUACUUAACCGAACCCCAGAGAGAGGCCGUGGAAGCACUCAUUCAAGAACUUCCAAAGUUCAUGUUGAAAGCGGUUCCGACUGAUUGUAGCGAAUGCCCAAUUUGUUUGGAAGAGUUUCAUGUCGGGAACGAGGUGCGUGGUCUUCCAUGUGCUCAUAACUUUCAUGUGGCAUGCAUCGAUGAAUGGCUUCGGCUGAACGUGAAAUGCCCUCGAUGCCGAUGCUCGGUUUUCCCCAACCUUGACCUUAGUGCUCUAUCCACCAUCCCUGCCGAUCCUGACCGGUUAACCGUUUCAACGACUCGUUACAUGCGGACUCAACCAUCGAGCCAGAGUUAUCUGUUGAGAAUGCAGGGUUUCCUCCGGCCAGUCCGCACCGGCUCCACCUCUGAUUCCGACACCGCUUUGGAAACCGCAGAAAACGGAGGCCAACCGGUCGAGAACCAGAACCAGAAUCAAAAUCAUAAUCUUCAGACAAGUACAGAACCUGAACGAUGAUCCUUUUUUUGACUUCUACAAGCGUUCUACCUGCCUCAUAACCGAGGUGUAAGUUUUUGAUGCUCGUUUACCGUUUUACUUCACUUCUAACUAUACGAAUCUAGGAAAGCGAAAUCCGAAUCGUCCCAUUUGUCGGGAUUAAUUAGCGCGUUUCUUGAUUCGUUAACUAAAGUAUGUUCAGGGACAUGUAAACAAGUUAUGACAUGCGAUUUUAAGCAAGUUAUGGGAUAGUUCGUAAGUUUUGUUAGAGUCCCACGUCGGCUAGACUUGGAUCUGUUCUCGAUAUACGUUGUAACUUCCCUCGUCUCUUCAAGGCCACUUUUGGAGUGUAAUUUAAGGCGGUUUUGCAUAUUUUACGUGGUAUCAGAUCCAAGGUCUACUGUCCCAGGGCAAUUUGUGCU